AUGGACGCGAUAAGGAGAUCAGCACGAACAUCAAGACUGGAUAGAGUACGAAAUGAAACAAUCAAGGAUAAAAUGGGUAGACAAAAAACUAUAGUAGAGGAAAUAGAGAGUGCCCAUCUGAAGUGGUAUGUGAGAAGGAUGGACAACACGCGACUGCCUCAGAAGGUACUAAACUGGCUUCCACAAAAGAGAAGGAAACAGGGAAUACCAAGGACAAACUGGAUGGAGGGUGUCAAGAAGGCGAUGAGCUCAAGGGAUUUGCGUGACGGAGACUGGAAUGAACGAAAUCAAUGGCGAUUAGGCAUCGCACAACGUCGAAGAGCGUUUUAA